ACCCCCGUGUCUCCGCAGCCAGGGCCGCUGCCAUGCCGCACUUCCUGGACUGGUUCGUGCCCGUCUACCUGGUCAUCUCCGUCCUCAUCCUGGUGGGCUUCGGAGCUUGCAUCUACUACUUCGAGCCGGGUCUGCAGGAGGCGCACAAGUGGCGCAUGCAGCGCCCCCUGGUGGACCGUGACUUCCGCAAGACACUGAUGGUACGGGACAACCUGGCCUUCGGGGGCCCGGAGGUCUGAGCCGCCAGCACCCUCCCGCGGCUCUCUCGACUCAGGGAGGCCACCCCACUGCGGCCCGGGGUCCUCCCAGCAGCGCUGUUGGCGCCCUGCCACCCAGUAGGUCACCCACAUCCCACAUUCAGUUCUCCACUUCCCCUAAUCGACUCCCGCAUCUUGCAAGCUGCAGGUGACAGCCAGGUCCAG